UCUUACCUUUCAUUAACUUUGUCGAUCAACUGGAGUAGUACAGGAGGAACAGAAUUUCAACAUGGGUGUUCUCGGAGCAUUUGCAAGACACUUGGAUGCUAUAGUCGGGCCUGGGGUAAUGCUUUUAUACCCUUUAUACGCGUCAAUGAGAGCAAUUGAGAGUCCUACGACGCUAGACGAUCAGCAGUGGCUAACAUACUGGGUCUUGUACUCCUUCAUAACCCUUUUCGAGCUGUCUUGUUCCACAGUUCUUGCUUGGUUUCCAAUCUGGCCAUACAUCAAACUUGUGUUUUGCAUGUGGCUGGUUCUGCCUGUAUUUAACGGGGCAGCAUAUAUAUAUGCGAAUAUUGUUAGGAAGUAUGUUAAGAAUAUUGGGGGCAGUGUGAGCUCAACUUAUUCUGAGAGCCAUAAGAAGGUGCUCCAGAUGAUGAGUCUUGAUGCAAGGAAAUCUGUUGAGCGAUACAUCGAUACACAUGGACUUGAAGCUUUUGAUCAAGUCAUUAAAGCGGCUGAAAUCGAAGCUCGGAAGCAGCAGCACUAGUAAUUCAGAAGAUCAUACGGCAGCGACAAAAUUCAACGUACGGAACAUGAUGAAUAUAUAUAUAUACAUAUAUGGCAAGAUUGAUGAUAUUCUCCCUAGAGAAUGAUAUAUUUUGAGAUGAAAAUAAAGACGAUUCGAAAGAAAAUGUUCAUGAGGAUCAUCUGCUAUAUAUCACUGAAAUGUAAAAAUUAGUUAUUACAUUUAAUUAUUUCCCUCUAAGUUCAACAAGUCUUAAUCAAUGUUUCACAAGUUUCAUAUAUACUAGUGUAAAAGCGGAUCAUAUCUUGCAAAGUGCAUUAAGACGUAGAAUUUCU